AUGGUGUGUCAGCUGUUGCAAAAGAAUCAGGUGUUAUGGCCAAGCGUCUUGAGAAUAAACUACGCGAUUUGCGAUUUGAAGCCGGGGACAUUUGUGAAUCUUGACUUACUUCCGACAGAGCUUGCACUCAACAUACUAUCUCAUCUGAAUGCAACGGACUUAUGUCUGGCUUCCUGCGUUUGGUACAAUCUAGGUUGUGAUGACGUUCUGUGGCAAGACCUCUGUCGAAGAAAUUGGCCCUUCUGUUCUUUCUACAAGAAGGGUUUACCUCCUGGAAGUACUUACCGCCAGCUCUAUCUAAGGCUCGACGAAGCUCGGCUCACCUUCCGAGCAGACGCAUUCAAUUAUGGACUGUUGGAUGAUAACUUCAAUGAUAUUGUUGAGUUUUUCCACACCGCACCCGGUUUGGACCCUGUUCAAAAGUGUCGUCUCUUUCAUUCCCGACCGCAACUUCUCUACGGAUUGUUAGAUAUGAAAGAUUUCACAGAAUAUCCCGUGCCUACUACUGACUCCGCUUCCUUUGAAUUUAUUACUCUUCUAGUGGGUAAAUUCGCAGAAAGGUUUGUUGCGUGCAAUUCUGGAUUGGGACUAUCCACGGCGAUCUAA